CGCCGAGCCGGGAGCUCGCCGCCCCCCGGCUGAAGUCCGGUGCCGCCGUGCCGUGCCGGGGGUGCUGUCACUCGGCGCUUCAAGCAUGCUCCUAAGAUGGCGGUAGCGGCGGCGGGCGGCGGCCGGGCGCAGCGCAGCGGCUGGCUGGAAGUUUUGGUGCGGGACCGCUGGCACAAAGUGCUGGCCAACUUGUGCGGAGAGGCGCUGGUGCUGAGCGGCGAGGAGCGCCCCGACGGCGCGGCACACAACGGCCUGGGAGGCGAUGGGGCGGCGUGCCGCGGGGCCGAGGGCGGCGGCGGGGCGGCGGCGGUGCGCACCGCCUUCACCGACCCCCCCGAGCAGGUGCCCGAGGCCGUCUCCAACAAGAAGCGGUGUGUGAAGGUGCUGAAGCAGGAGCUGGGUGGGCUGGGCAUCAGCAUCAAAGGGGGCAAGGAGAAUAAGAUGCCCAUCCUCAUCAGCAAGAUCUUCAAGGGGCUGGCGGCCGACCAGACCCAGGCGCUCUAUGUAGGUGAUGCCAUCCUGGCCGUCAACGGCACCGACCUGCGGGACGCCACCCACGACGAGGCGGUGCAGGCGCUCAAGCGGGCCGGCAAGGAGGUGCUGCUGGAAGUGAAAUACAUGAGAGAAGCAACCCCCUAUGUGAAGAAAGGCUCCCCCGUUUCAGAAAUUGGGUGGGAGACACCUCCUCCUGAGUCUCCCCGCCUGGGUUGUGCCUCUGCUGACCCACUGUCGCAGCUUUCGCUCUCCAUCCACAGAGACAAGAAGACAAUACCGCUCAAGAUGUGCUACGUGACGCGCAACAUGGCAGUGUCAGACCCUGAAAACAGACUUAUUGAAGUUCAUUCACCUGAUGCCAAGCACACCGUGGUGCUCAGGAGUAAGGAUUCAGCUACAGCCCAGGCCUGGUUCAAUGCCAUCCACUCCAGUGUCAAUGAGCUCAUCCCCAGGGUGAUUGCAGAGGUCAGAGACCAGCUGGGUAAAACAGGGAUUGCUGGAAGUCGAGAGAUUAGGCAUCUAGGCUGGCUUGCAGAAAAGGUGCCAGGGGACAACGAGAAGCACUGGAAGCCAGUGUUAGUGGUCUUGACAGAGAAGGACCUCUUAAUAUAUGAGAGCAUGCCACGGAUGAAGGAAGCUUGGUUCAGCCCUCUGCAUACCUACCCCCUGCUAGCCACCAGAUUGGUCCAUUCUGGCCCAGGAAAAGGCUCACCGCAGUCAGGGAUGGAUUUAUCUUUUGCAACCCGUACCGGUACAAGGCAAGGGAUAGAAACCCAUCUGUUCAGGACGGAGACUAGCCGAGACCUCUCACUGUGGACAAGGAGUGUCGUGCAGGGCUGCCACAACUCUGCAGAGCUCAUCACGGAAAUCACCACAUCUUGCACAUACAAAAGCCAGGAGUGCCGCUUGACCAUCCAUUAUGAACAUGGAUUCUCUCUUACAACUGAACCACAAGAUGGUGCCUUCUCUAAGACAAUUGCACAAUAUCCCUAUGAAAAACUGAAAAUGUCCUCGGAUGAUGGGAUAAGGAUGCUUUAUUUAGACUUUGGAGGAAAGGAUGGAGAAAUUCAACUGGACCUUCAUUCCUGUCCAAAACCAAUUGUGUUCAUCAUUCAUUCCUUCCUGUCAGCAAAGAUCACAAGACUUGGCUUGGUGGCAUAAGUGGGAUACAUCUGUUUCAUCAAGGAGAGACGGAGUAACCAUGCUAAUCUGAAGUACAGUCAACAGCAGCAACCUGUACUAGCCAGUGGCAUACACCAGCUUGGGGCUCAGUACCAGGCCUUGGUUGUGUCUGCAGUCUUCCAAGGCCCCGGUUUCAUUUUGAUCAGCUAAAGAGAUGGCAUGACAAGGAAAAUGGUGGAUUUCAUUGUAAAUAAUGGGAUUUAAAAAUCCCAUAUGAGACAGUAGAAGCGUGUAGUACCAUAUAUGUAAAUGUUCCAGAAUCAUAAAUUGUGCCUAUUUCAAUGUACUUGUUUAUAUAGAAUAAGUAAAGGGCUAAGCAGACAA